GUUGCGAGGACGGUAGGCGGCGGAUGGGAGAGCUGGCGCAGCUGCUGUGGUGGCAGCGGCUGAAGUGGCGGCAGCUGUGGCGGCUGCAACAGCUUCGGGCUCGGGGUGUUGGCGGCAGCACCGGUGGGCUAGGCUGCGCGGUGCGGACCCAGGCGCGCGGUCCAGGUUGCUGGGGCGGCGCGUAAGAUGUCUCUAAUGGAGGAAUUUCUGAGAAGCACUUCUGGCCCAGUGGCUUUGAAACGGAUCUCAAACCAGAGACUAUUUAAAGCCUUGGACAUCACAUCCUGAGGGCCACAGAAGGGAGAACAUGGCUGUGAGUUUGGAUGACGAUGUGCCCCUCAUCCUGACCUUGGACGAAAGUGGCAGUGCCCCAUUGGCCCCCUCCAACAGCCUGGGCCAAGAGGAGCUGCCUAGCAAAAAUGGGGGCAGCUAUGCCAUCCACGACUCCCAGACCCCCAGUCUGAGCUCCGGAGGUGAGAGUUCCCCCUCCACACCCAGCAGACCCAACUGGGAGAUGAAUUAUCAAGAGGCAGCAAUCUACCUCCAGGAAGGCGAGAAUAACGACAAGUUCUUCACCCACCCCAAGGAUGCCAAAGCGCUGGCGGCCUACCUCUUUGCACACAACCACCUCUUCUACCUGAUGGAACUGUCCACGGCCCUGCUGCUGCUGCUGCUCUCCCUGUGUGAGGCCCCUGCCGUCCCUGCGCUUCGGCUCGGCAUUUAUGUGCACGCCACCCUGGAGCUGUUUGCCCUGAUGGUGGUAGUGUUUGAGCUUUGCAUGAAGUUGCGCUGGCUGGGCCUCCACACCUUCGUCCGGCACAAGCGGACCAUGGUCAAGACUUCAGUGCUGGUGGUGCAGUUCGUUGAGGCCAUCGUGGUGUUGGUACGGCAGACGUCCCACGUACGGGUGACCCGGGCAUUGCGCUGCAUUUUCCUGGUGGACUGUCGGUACUGUGGUGGCGUCCGGCGCAACCUGCGGCAGAUUUUCCAGUCUCUGCCGCCUUUCAUGGACAUCCUCCUGCUGCUGCUCUUCUUCAUGGUCAUCUUUGCCAUCCUUGGUUUCUACUUGUUUUCCCCUAAUCCUUCAGACCCCUACUUCAACACCCUGGAGAACAGCAUUGUCAGCCUCUUUGUCCUCCUGACCACAGCCAACUUCCCAGAUGUGAUGAUGCCUUCCUACUCCCGGAACCCCUGGUCCUGCGUCUUCUUCAUUGUGUACCUCUCCAUUGAGCUAUACUUCAUCAUGAACCUGCUUCUGGCUGUGGUGUUCGACACCUUCAAUGACAUUGAGAAACGCAAGUUCAAAUCCUUGCUCCUGCAUAAGCGAACUGCCAUCCAGCAUGCCUACCACUUGCUUGUCAGCCAGCGGAGGCCGGCUGGCAUCUCCUAUAGGCAUUUUGAAGGCCUGAUGCGCUUCUAUAAGCCCCGGAUGAGUGCAAGGGAGCGCUAUCUCACUUUUAAGGCCCUGAAUCAGAGCAACACACCUCUGCUCAGCCUAAAGGAAUUUUAUGAUAUCUAUGAAGUUGCUGCCUUAAAGUGGAAGACAAAGAAAAACAGAGAGCACUGGUUUGAUGAGCUUCCCAGGACAGCAUUCCUCAUCUUCAAAGGCAUUAAUAUCCUUGUGAAGUCCAAGGCCUUCCAGUAUUUCAUGUACUUGGUGGUGGCAGUCAAUGGGAUCUGGAUCCUCGUGGAGACGUUUAUGCUGAAAGGUGGGAACUUCUUCUCCAAACAUGUGCCCUGGAGUUACCUCGUCUUUCUUACUAUCUAUGGGGUGGAGCUGUUCCUGAAAGUUGCUGGCUUAGGCCCUGUGGAGUACCUGUCCUCCGGGUGGAACCUGUUCGACUUCUCCGUCACAGUGUUUGCCUUCCUGGGACUGCUGGCUCUGGCACUCAACAUGGAGCCCUUCUAUUUCAUAGUGGUCCUGCGUCCCCUCCAGUUGCUAAGGCUGUUUAAAUUGAAAAAGCGUUACCGUAACGUGCUGGACACCAUGUUUGAGCUGCUGCCGCGGAUGGCCAGCCUGGGCCUCACCCUGCUCAUCUUUUACUACUCCUUUGCCAUCGCGGGCAUGGAAUUCUUCUAUGGGAUCCUCUACCCCAACUGCUGCAACACUAGUACAGUGGCAGAUGCCUACCGCUGGCUCAAUCAUACUGUGGGCAAUAGGACUGUUGUGGAGGAAGGUUACUACUAUCUCAAUAACUUUGACAACAUCCUGAACAGCUUCGUGACCUUGUUUGAGCUUACAGUUGUCAACAACUGGUACAUCAUCAUGGAAGGUGUCACCUCUCAGACCUCUCACUGGAGCCGCCUGUACUUCAUGACAUUUUACAUUGUGACCAUGGUGGUGAUGACCAUCAUUGUUGCCUUCAUCCUUGAGGCCUUCGUCUUCCGAAUGAACUACAGCCGCAAGAACCAGGACUCAGAAGUUGACAGUGGCAUCACCCUUGAGAAGGAAAUCUCCAAAGAAGAGCUAGUUGCAGUCUUGGAGCUCUACCGGGAGGCACGGGGUGCCUCCUGUGAUGUCACCCGGUUGCUGGAGACCCUCUCCCAGAUGGAGAGAUAUCAGCAAAAUUCCAUGGUGUUUCUGGGACGGCGAUCAAGGACCAAAAGUGACCUGAGCCUGAAGAUGUACCAGGAGGAGAUACAGGAGUGGUACGAGGAGCACGCCAGGGAGCAGGAGGAACAGCAGCGGCUCAGCGUCCCCAUCGCCCAGCAGCCCCCAGGCCUCCGCCAGCGCUCCCAGACCAUCACCUAGCUCAGUGCCGGAAGCCGUCUCGUCUAUGCAAUAACACAAUAGUAUUAUUUUACUGCGAUGUAUCGAACUAAUGUGUGUGUGUGUGUACACAUGCUCAUAUUAUGCACAUAUCCACAUAGAGGAAGAAAGCAGACAAGAUGGGGCUCGGUUUGUGGCCACCUUGCCCUCUUGUCUUUAACUCUAAAAGCCAGUUUGGUGCGAGGGGGUCAGGCCGCCAGGUCUGAAUUCUGCCUACUGUGGGAAGCUCUAGGAGCCCUCUUCACAAGCAGACCAGUUGAACAGAUUUCUGCUGUGUUCUGCAGGGCUUGCCCUGAGCCUGGGCCAGGCCUUACUUGGCCAGAUCCAAAGCCGUCACCUUGUGCUGCUCUCAGCCCUGGCCUACCUGACAGCUUCCCACUAACUCUCCCCACAGCCAUGUUGUAGGUUUCCGUCUUGCAUUAGGGACAAAACCACUUAGGAAGGAAAGAACCCAAAUCCCUCAGGGUGGUAUUUCUAUGUAUAUCAUAAUGUCCUAGAAUGCUCCUUUUGGGGCCAGUGCCCAGGACCUAAGAGAAAGGUGGAAUCAAGGGGUGUGAUUGUACCUGUGUGGUCAGAGCUCAGCCAGUGCUGGGCAGCAAGAGACCAUGCUAACCUCUUACAGGUUUCCCUCCAGGCUCUGUAAGCUUUCUCUUGCAUACUCCUUUGGUUUAACCCUUGUUGCUGAAAGUCCUGCUACAGCGGCCUCCUUUGGGGACCAGGCACAGUGGGACGAUGUCAGGCAGUGGUUGCAACCCAGAUCAAUUCCUGAACAGGCUUUCUUGACUAAAUCCCUUUUCCUUUGACUUACCUGCUCAAGCAAAAGGAUAUUUUGGUUAAAUGGAUUAUGCUAAAGACAAUAGCAAGUCCUUCACACACAUGCAUGAGGUGUUGCUGUUGGGAAUAGGAGCAAACAGCACAGAGAGGCUGUGGGAUGUGGCUGCAACCCCAUGGCCCAGCCUGGUCUGAUUCCCACCUCACCUUGGGCUGGUUGGUUCAGAUGAAUGCUCAUUUAACCAAAUUCCCUUGGCACCUCCCUGGAUGCUGUCAAGGAAGGAUGGGUGCUCAAGUCUGGAGCAGACCUGUUGGGUUUGCUGGCCAUGAUGGUGGGGAGUGAUAGCUCCCAAAGCAGGGUCAGGGCAGAGGUAGCUGUAGUUUGGCUGUCCUGAGCCACAGAGCCAAGCACAGCACAGGUUCUGUGUCAGUGAGAUAGGGGAAGUCAUCACCAGUGGACAAACUGGGCCAACCCCAACUUUCUAGGGACUGCUUCUUGUGGCUUCUGAAGGUGGGUAGACAGGCCUUGUUCUUUUCCUGGCCACAUAGUAGGCAGGGCAGAGCCUGACCCCAGGGGAGCAGCAUCUGGUUCCAUUCCCUAAUCACCUCCAAGGCCAAGCUGGAUCCACAGCCAAUGCGGCCCAGUUCUCCUUGCCAGGGGAGAAGCAGUAGAUGUUUCUGUUUAUAAGCACAGCCCUUUGGGAAAACAACAAAUCGUAGAGAACCACUGUGAGUCCCCCGUGGAAUCAGGAGGCUGACAUUGUCCUCUUCAUCUCUGGAGGGCCAGCAGCCAUUGCAGGAGCUCAGCAUUGAGCCCUGGGCCAGAAUCCCUUCCCCUCCAAGAAGGAACUUCAUUUGCACAACUGGGUGCCUUUUAGCUUUUAUGUAUUGAAAUGGGCGGUGGGAAGCAAGGGUCAUGGGACAGUUCUGAAAGGUGGGUGUGAGUCCUCUGGCCCCACUGUCAGCCUCCUGCUAGUCCCUUUCUCUGCUGCCAAGGGGCCCACAAGCCAGGAGGGGCCAGCAGCCACUGGUGUUAGCCGAGGGGAGUUGAGGCCCCCGCGUGUGAGCACCGUUGCAGGAUGGGUAGGGUUGUGGCUCUAUUCAUGGUGACUUGUCUGUGUGCCAACCCUGCCCUGAGAUGGGGCAUGGUUUGGACCAGGACAGGACGAAUCCAAGAGGCAAUAGUGCCGAUGAGCCAGGCUCUAGCUAGUGGGGGGCACCCUUGUCAUGGAGGCUAGGGACAGCCAUCCUUGUGGGGUCACCUAGGAGCCUGCUAAGUUGACACUCAAACUUACCCACCAAGUAGGAAACAGGGGUCACUCCAGGCUGUGAGCUCUGAGGGCAUGGGGACAUAACCAUGCACAGAUGCCCCCUUACCCUCUGCAUCACAGCUGAGUCGACGUGAGUGACACUGACGGCCAGGGUUACAGCCUGGCAGUGGUGGCAAUGCCACUGUGCCCCCAUCGCAACAUGCAGGUGCUUUGGGGAUGCUGCCUGGCACUGCCUUGCUUCCCCUGACCCUGCCCCAGCCUUAUUCCACACCACAAAGACAAUCAUUUUGUACGGAUCAUGGGAGCAACGCUGUAAGGUUUUGUACAUUGGUAAUUUGUUACCUAGAAAACCCACUGUGUCUCCGGAUUUCUGGCGUAUUAAUUAAAGAGCCUCUGCUUUGUAAA